AUGAAUCCGACGGUAAGUGUCGUCCCUCUCGUCGUCCUGUCGUCUCACCCGUCGUUCUCCCCAACAGUUAGUGACAGCGACGGCGGCGACACUCACAGCGACUCCAAUAUGACGAGAGGUCGCUCGCGACGACACACAGACGACAGCCUGUCGUCCAGUCGUUCGGCGACGAUGUGGUUCGGAACAGACGACAGCUCUGUUCACAUCUACUCCUGCUUUGACGCCAUUCGAAUCAAGAAAAACAAAGUGAAAGUCACGCUCAGCGCCAAAGUGGAGGCCAUCGCUUUUUUCAACGAAAAAGUCUUCGUUUGUCUCGCGAACCAAAGUGUCGCCAUUUUUCACAGAGAGCCGUCGGGCGUUUGGAACACCUCUGAGCCGGAAAUCCGCGAACACAUGAAUUGUCUGCGUCUCUGUCCUUCUGGUCAGCAGUUGUGGACUUCCGGCCGUUCGCUCGCUAUUAGUGUUCGCGACGCAGACCUCAACCCUCUCUUCGACGACAUCCGAGUCGACGACACGACGACGACAGACGACGACUUCAUCACUCAAAUGGUCGCCUCCGACGACGCGGACGCCGUGUUUGUCGCCUCUCACGACUCACUGGUCGUGCGCGCGCUGUCCGCGCAGUCGCCGUUCGCGCCGCUCUUCACGGUCUCGAUUCACGCGACGCUUAUUCGCGGUUCGUGUCUCCCAAAGACUGAUCACGUGAUUAAUUACUGUUCCCAUAAUUAG